AUGAGAACCACAUGUAGGGAGGAGAGAGCUGCCACUAACCAGAGAGGGAGAGGCCGACACAAUCAGCAGGGCAGAGGAAGAGGGAAAAGGAGAGCAGCUGAAGAAGAGGUCGGAGACGACAGAACCCAAACAAAAACCAAGAUCAGAACCASGACCAAGAUCAGAAACAGGACCAAGAUCAGAACCACCAUGUCAGAGUCCAUCAAACGACGAAACUCCAGCAAGCAGCUCCUGCAAAACCUCAUCAGGGUGACCGAGCAGCGGAGCCAGGAGGAUGCUGAGGAGGUGGAGCGGGAGYGAAGGAGGAGAGCCAGGGAGAAGCAGAAAGGAGAUGGAGUCCUCUCCUACUCGGAGCCUCAACAACACAACGUCACACACAACACAGA